AAUCAUCCGAAUUCCGUCUGUGAGAGUGGUAAAUUAUAAUUAGAACUUGGAAAGAAUAUUUUGGAUUAGUUGACCGAGUUGAUUCAAUCACUGUGCAACUUGCAGGGUGCAGGCUACAGCUGGACUGUUUUCGGGAACUGCCGUUAUCAAAUUUUUAAAACUUUUAAAGGUCAACAGGUCCAUUGAUUAUGAACGCCGAGUAACAAAAAGUCAAUACCUAUAUUAAUUUGCUGCCGCGUCUUAACACUCUUAACGUUACCUAAAUCUAUUUACGAAUCAUCUUAAUUGUCUACGGCCUACGGGUUUGUCCAAACCAAAAUAGAGACCGAAACCACCAUUACACUCAUUACAGACAAUCGUGCCUUGCUAUCUACUUAGUCGUAGUUCUGCCUGGUACUAAUGCUUUUACACAUCGUUGAUUCUGCAAAAAUGGAUAGCUAUAAGGGUUCACUAUCCGUUGUCGAUGUCUAUGAUAUGGCACAGGACAUCGGUCGAGAGUUUGAGUCCAUCAUAGAUACGUAUGGCACUGACUCCAUAACUGGACUGAUGCCCAAGGUGGUAUCCGCUCUAGAGCAGAUGGAAAUAUUGGCCAUGAAGAAUGAACGAGAAAACACGACUGUGGAAGACCUGCGAUCAACGAUACAACAAUUGGAAAUGGAUAAGCAGGAACGAACCGAGGACAGGAUGAAAUAUGAGAAGGAGAUGGAACAAAUCGAAGAUAAGUGGCGCGAAGACUAUAAUGAAUUAUUGACUACUGUUUCUAGACUUCAAGAUGAUAACCGUAAAUUGACAGAGUCUUUACAAGCUGCCGAAAAGGAUAAGAUUGUUGAUUCAAAAUCACAAGUUUUGAGUCCAGAUGUUGAUACUGUUGCUCUUCAACGUCUACGCCAUACUGUUGAUCAAAUGCGUGAUAGCAUUAGAAAUUAUGAACAUCAAUUAAAUUCAAAGAGUAAUGAAGUUGAUUCUUUAACCGUUCAAAUGGAUAGACUGCAAACUACUUUGAAAGACUUGCGACGUAAACAUCGUUUUGCACAAUUACAAUGUCGUAGUUUAGUUGAAGAAAGGGCAGAUAUUCUUUCCCAACUUCAAAAGCAACAAAAAGAAUUUAUAUCACUUAGACAAAGAUUUGGUAUGGCUCAAAAAGAAAAUGAAGACCUUUCAAAAUAUAGAGAUGAUUUGCCUGAUUUGAAAAACAAAGCCAUUUAUGACUUAGAUGAUCCGGAUAGACCAAAAUUUACAACCAAUGAACUGAAAGAUAUUUUAACUGAACGUAAUGAACUAAAAACUCGUGUUAAUGAUCUUGAAGAUGAACUUUCACAAUUUAAACCAGUUGAACAGUUGACUAUAUCCCAGGAAAGGGAUGAAAUCCAAGAAACGCGGGUACGAAGAAUUUUGUUACGAAACUGUACCACCAGAACAGACAGUCACCGAAAAAAUCCUGACACCGCUACGGUCGAUAAGGAAGGCACGCAAAUGUCAAUCAUCACCCCAGAAAGUUCACCAGAUGUAACAUCCCCAAUCAGGUCCGACGACGAACAGGAAGAAGGUCCUGUUCAAGGACCAUUGCCUUUAGAACCUGAUGAUGCACCAUGGAAACGAAAUCCAGAGUCUGGCAUUCGUAAACUUUUUCGUAAAAUGUUUGCUGAAACUAACAACUCUUUAUUUUCUAAGACUAGUCCUAAACAUCCUAAGUUAUCAUUAUCCAAAAUGGCUGUAUCCAUUGGUCAUUCGUCUAUUAUGGGACCGUCUGAAGUGUCAUAAAUAAACAUUGAUCUCAAACUUAAUUAUUGUUUAUUAAAAUUUACAAGUAUUAUUUUAAGGCAUAUGCAUAGCUAAAUUAUAAGGGAUCAGUAAACAUAAGAAACUUUAAAUCAAAUGAAAUUAGUUUUAAUUUUUUUUUUUCUUACAUGUUUAUCUUACAAUAUUUUUAUCAUGAUUAUUUAUUA